GUUUCCCCUUAUAUAACGCUAGAAAGCAUCUGGAAGUAGGAGAUUAGUUCAAUUUGUUUUGCUUCGGUUGGAGUAUCCUUGUGAUUCGCGCAUCUGUUCCCAGAUUAUGUCCGGCAGGGGGAAGACCGGCGGUAAGGCCAGAGCAAAGGCGAAGUCCCGUUCCUCCAGGGCCGGGCUACAGUUCCCAGUGGGCCGUGUCCACCGGCUGCUGCGCAAGGGAAACUAUGCCGAGCGGGUCGGCGCCGGGGCCCCGGUGUAUCUGGCCGCGGUGCUGGAGUACCUGACCGCCGAGAUCCUGGAGCUGGAGCUGAACAAGCUGCUGGGCGGCGUGACCAUCGCGCAGGGCGGCGUGCUGCCCAACAUCCAGGCGGUGCUGCUGCCCAAGAAGACCGAGAAGCCGGCCAAGAGCAAGUAAAGGGGGCACUCUCGACCCCCCCCACCCCGGACUCCGGAUCCGAGAACAACCCCCCCCCCUCUCCCUCCCAAAGGCUCUUUUCAGAGCCGCCCACUUUUAUUUAAAGAGCUUCUUUUUCGUUAUUUAAAUGGAUGUAGACGAGACGAGAGAGCCCGGGGAGCCUAAACUGGUUUUGGGGCCUGGGUGAAACGGCUUGGUUUUUUUUACGCAGACUUGGUUGGCUUUGUAAGUCUCGGUGUGAUCGACCUCCACCACCCCCUCCCCCUUCGCACUACGUGACCGUCGUUGUCCCAAACGGGGAGCAGAGGUUUCGCAAUAAGAAGGGGGUUCAAGCGUGGGAAGAGGCCGUGUCUCUUAAUUUGUACAGAUCUGGAGGGGUUGGGGCAUCCGCCCGUGGCACGGUGCACCACCGCACAUAACCUGCUGGAUCUGGAUCUGAAAACUACAGCGCGAUGUUUUGUGGGGGGUGGCUUUCCCCCCCCCCCUUCUCCUAUUUGUUUUUCUCUAAUGCGUUUCUUCAGCUACCGUUUCUUAAAAAGAGAGAAGAGGCGAAAAACCCUGAUAGACUUCUUCCAAAAUGGUGGCGCAUCCCUGCGGAAAACAAGCGAGGCGCUACGCAGAUCCGCCGCCCGGACAUCUGCCCUCUCUCCUGCGAGACGCACCGAGGCGAAGAGCGCAGCUGGUGGCGUUUUGACGGCUCGUAAUGUCGCCCUGCUCCGAGCAGCCUGGCGGGUUUCUCAGAGGGGUGCGCUUUAUUUCCCCCCAUCGCGUUUGUUUGAAUGGUGGCUGGAGGGGGACGGGGGAGGUGUACCUUGGUGACGUUAUGGCCCCAUCAUCUGUUUUACUGUGUCGAUUUAAUGUUGUAAUAUCAAGAAGCUUACAAUGGUGUUUUAUUUCGUAAAUAAAAACGAAGCCGACAUUUUGUGAAAUUUUAAACGGA